AUCCGCGCUGCUCGUGGCCAGCGUCAGUGUGUCGUCGAUUUCGUCUCGGAGGAAGGGGCCAUCGCAGUUUGGUGGCAACAGGGUCGUCGAAGAAAUCCCACUUCAACCCAUCAGAAAAGCCCAAGGACCGUCACGUUCACGGUUGCAAGGGUUGGCAAUGAAGUAUAGCUCUGCUCUCAAAUUCAAUGCCGUCGCAGAAUGGUGGGACGAGUACAUUGCCUACGAUGCACUAAAACAAUAUAUAUACCAACUCGAGAAACAACAACACAAACCGACUCGCCCCUCCACCGACUUAGAGGCGAACGAACACACUUCCCUCAUGGAUAACAAUCUGACCACACCUGCUGUGGACACCUUGUUCGUAUCAUUGUUGGAUAAGGAGCUCAUGAAGGUCACCUUGUUCUACGAACAUCAAGAGAAGGAACUAUUCGAUGAGCUUGCCGCACUGGAGGACCUCAUCAACGAACAGGAUGCAGCUGGUCUUACAGGGGGAGAACAUUACAUGGAUUACGGCGAGGACGACGAAGACGAAGACGAAGACGACGAACAUCCAGGUGAACAUGUUCGCUUCGACCACGGCUCUAUGCGACGUACUCGCAAGUCGAGUUCAGCUGGGUAUAGCCGUCGAAGCACAUCAGCCUCUAGGCGCAUGCAUAGGUGGAGCAUUUCGUCUACCGAAAGCGCCACCAGAGACACAGAAAGUAAUGCAAUGCCCCUCAAUCCCAAUCAAUCUUCCAGAGCACCCUCUGGAAGUCGUGAAGCCAACCCUUCCCAGUCCCCGAUACGCAGAGUGCGUGCUUUGGCCUACAAGCUCCGUGGUAUGAGGGAUAGCGCAGCCUCCGUCGAAGACGAAUCCGUCUGGACGUCGAUGACAGACUACGCUCGGGAUGUUCGCUUUUUGUUCAAGCGCCGCAUUACGAAUCUUUUCGUUUCGUUUUCUUCGUUAAAGUCUUACGUUGAACUUAACUACUCGGGAUUCCGGAAGAUACUGAAGAAAUAUGACAAAGUGCUGGACAGUGAUCUUCAAGGCCGGUACAUGCACGAAGUCGUCGAGGAUGCCAUCCCUUUUACCCGAACGUCAAAGGACAAGCUCAAUGGCGCGAUCAACCAACUUAUCGGACUCUAUGCUAAAUGUGUCACGAGUGGCGACUCUUCUGUGGCCCUUCAGGAAUUAAAACUCCACUUGCGCGAAAAUAUCGCUUGGGAGCGAAACACUGUUUGGCGGCAGAUGAUUGGGCAAGAGCGGCGCGGGGCACUGGGUUCAAGUGCUGCUAUCGCAGGGGCUACUGUCGUGGGUUACGAGGAGAAAGGGCUGGUCAACAUCCGAACGCCACUAGGUAAUAUCAAGCUCACGACGAAACUACUUUACCUCUUCCUGGCUAUCGCCGUCUUCGCCACUUUACUGAACAUAAAAGUCGUCGACAAUCCCGAAGCCAACAAAUGUUUUGCAAUACUUGUGUUCAGUACUGUCCUGUGGGCAUCAGAGGCUAUACCCCUCUUCGUUACCUCGACCUUUGUGCCCUUCUUACUCGUAAUAUUCAGAGUAAUUAAGGCCGAUGAUGGCACUGUAAUGACGGCACCCGAAGCUACCAAGUGGACAUUCUCCGUCAUGUUCUCUCCAACUAUCAUGCUCCUUGUCGGAGGAUUUACGAUCUCAUCCGCUCUGAGCAAGACUAAUAUUGAUCGGAUCCUCAUCACACGGCUUCUGAGUCUCGCCGGUUCAGAUCCCAACACGGUUCUUUUGGCGUUCAUGGGUGUGUCUUGCUUCGCAAGCAUGUGGAUCAGCAAUGUCGCUGCUCCGACUCUUUGUUUUACUUUGAUUCGCCCUAUUCUGCGAACCCUACCUGUCCAUUCGUCUUUCGCACCUUGCCUAAUUAUGGCAAUUGCGCUCGCGGCCAACAUCGGUGGACAAAGUUCACCUAUUUCCUCCCCUCAAAACCUGAUUGCUCUCCAAGCCAUGGACCCCAAACUAGAUUGGGCGAGUUGGUUCACUGUCUCCUUGCCAGUCUCCAUCGUGUCGAUCCUUGUCAUCUGGUUACUCCUAAUCGUCAGCUACCGACCCUCCCGCUCUCCGGAUGGCGAAGGUGACAUUGAAAUCAAAGCUAUCCGCCCAAAUAAAGAACCAUUCACGCUAAAACAAUAUUGGGUCAUUUUCGUUUGUCUGGCGACAAUCGUGCUUUGGUGUGUCGAACAUGAGAUCGAGAGUUUGGUCGGCGAUAUGGGUAUCAUCGCCAUCAUACCUGUAGUCGCUUUCUUUGCUACGGGCGUGCUCAAGAAGGAUGACUUUGAGCAGUUUGCUUGGACGAUCGUGUUCUUGGCAAUGGGAGGGAUCGCGCUUGGAAAGGGGGUUACCUCAAGCGGACUUCUCAGUACGGCCGACCAAGGCGUCUAUAAAGCACUUGAGGGUAAACAAUUGUACAGCAUUGUACUCAUUAUCUCUGCCGUCGUAUUGGUCAUUUCCACUUUCAUAAGUCAUACCAUUGCCAGCGUUCUUCUCGUCCCGAUUGCGAAAGAAGUAGGGAAGAAUAUCCCAGGAGGCGACCGGUCGAAUCUGCUUAUAUUUAUCACGGCUUUAGUCUGCUCGACUGGAAUGGGCAUGCCAGUGUCUGGUUUCCCCAAUCAAACUGCAGCAACACAAGAAGAUGACCUAGGUCGAUUAUACCUUUCAAACGUAGAUUUCCUUAAGAACGGCGUCCCCGCUAGUAUAAUUGCGACACUCGUCGUCGCUACCGUUGGCUUCGUCUUGAUGAUGGCCAUAGGCCUCUGAGAGCGGGACAUGUAUGCAGGCAUAUCCGGGCGAUUUGGGAACUCGUGCACCGACUGGGUUGUUGCGUUGUGGCGAGGACCCGUUUAAAUGCAAGGUAGCAUUGUUUGUGUCUGCUAUGCCUGUUGGUAGGUUAUCGAUAGCCCAAAAAAAAUAGCAUCAUUUGGCUUUGCUUGCCGCUGGUUGACCUGUGAUAUGCUGA